AUGGAGCCAGCAUUUGUGAUGACGUCGCCUGCGCCGUGCUGGCGGCUAUCGGGUGCAGCCUUUCGCUCGAACACGGCACCAGCGAGCACGAGGCGCUGGCAGUCGAUUCAGUACAAGCGCUGUAGUCUUUUUCCUGGAAAGACCAAGACCCACGUGAUUGAACGUCAUACUCAGCAUUGCUCGCCCGCAACGCUGCAGAUGACGGCAUCAGAGCCAGCGGCGAGCGGCACGAGUGCGCCGACUGAUCUCAGCGCCUCACUUGGGCGCCGUCUGGCCCUAGGAGCAUACAUCGCCUGUUGGUAUGCUGCAAACAUUGGUUUUAACAUCGUCAACAAGACGCUGAUGAAGUCAUUCCCGCUCUUCGUGAGUGUCACCGCCGUACAAAUGCUCGCCGGGGCAACUAUUUCGCUUUUUCUGUGGGGCACGCGCAUGCAUCGGUUUCAACGCGCGACACCCGCCGACUUGCGGAAAAUCUAUCCGCUGGCAUUAGCGCAUCUCUUUGGAAACCUCUUCACGAACUUCUCCCUGCGACAAAUGGCGGUUAGUUUCACCCAUGUCAUCAAGGCAAGCGAACCUUUCUUCUCCGUGGUUCUGGCGAAAAUUUUUCUUCCCGGUACUACCUUCUCCUGGCCAAUCUAUGCAUCGCUGGUUCCAAUUGUAUUCGGUGUUGUUCUCGCCUCCGUGAGCGAAGUCAGCUUCAACUGGCCCGGUUUUCUUACUGCAGUUGCGAGCAACGUGUCCUUCCAGUCCCGCAACGUCCUAAGCAAAAAAUUCAUGAAAGGCGUGGAGUUCGAUGACGUCAACCUUUUCGGCUGGAUAUCCUGCUUAGCUGCGAUUACAGCUAUCCCAUUAGCCAUAGUCGUCGAUUACACGAAGUAUGCAGGUGUGUGGAGUGCUGCGAAUGCGUCCAUUGGAGGUCUUUCAUUGCUAGGGAUGCUUGCGCUCUGUGGACUCCUGCAUUACCUCUACAACCAGUUCUCCUAUGUGGUCUUGCAGCGCGUCUCGCCGGUGACGCAUUCGAUCGGAAACACCGUGAAACGUGUCGCGGUUAUUGUGAGCUCCGUGCUCUUUUUCCGAAAUCCCGUUUCACGACAGAACAUCAUUGGGACUGUCAUCGCACUCGCUGGAGUUGCCAUUUACUCCCAGGUGAAGACGCUGCGAGGCGGUAAGGUGAAAAAAGCCUGA